GCCGCGUCCUUCCCUGCCUGCUCUUCACCCUCCUUCUCUAUCUCGCCUGGCAGGGCUAUGGCCGCUUCCGAUGCCGGUCGGCACCCGCAAAAUGUUGGCUGUCGAACUUUGUCCUUGUCUGCACAUGUUGGGUUUGAUAGCUUACCUGACCAGCUGAUUAGGAAAUCCAUCAAGCAUGGCUUCUGCUUCAACGUUCUUUGCAUUGGGGAAACUGGAAUUGGGAAAUCAGCCUUGAUGAGCAGUUUGUUUAACACCAAUUUUGAGGACUGUCCAUCAACACAUUUUCUGUCAAGUGUGCGACUUAGAGCCCAGACUUAUGAACUUCAGGAAAGUAAUGUUCCUUUGAAACUGACCAUUGUAAAAACAGUGGGAUUUGGUGAUCAGGUGAACAAAGCAGAUAGCUAUCAGCCAAUAGUGGAUUAUAUAGAUGCACAAUUUGAAGCCUAUCUCAAGGAAGAGCUGAAAGUUAUACGUUCUUUAUUUAGCUACCAUGAUACUCGCAUCCAUGUCUGCCUCUAUUUCAUUUCACCUACAGGCCGCUCCCUAAAAACCAUAGAUUUGUUAACUAUGAGAAACCUAGACAGUAAGGUGAACAUUAUACCAGUUAUAGGCAAAGCAGACAGCAUUUCUAAAUCUGAGCUACAAGAGUUCAAGAAAAAAAUAAUGAGUGAAUUAGUUAGUAAUGGCAUCCGGAUAUACCAGUUUCCUACUGAUGAUGAAACCAUUUCUGAGAUUAAUGCUAUGACAAAUGGUUAUUUGCCAUUUGCUGUGGUAGGAAGUAUGGAGAAGGUGAAAAUUGGAAACAAAAUGGUGAGAGCUCGUCAAUACCCUUGGGGCAUUGUAAAAGUGGAAAACGAGAGCCACUGUGACACUAUAAAGCUUCGCAGGAUGCUUUGCACAAAUAUGGAAGACUUAAGAGAGAAGACUCGUGCAUAUUAUGAGUCAUACCGACGCUGCAGACUGGAAAAGUUGGGUUGCAGAGACAUUGGCCCUGAGAACAAAUCGGUCAGGUACUGACUAAAUUUGAAUGUCUUACGCUAAUGCAUCAAGAAGAGGAGCUGAAAUUAGGGGAAAAGAAAAAACUUCUAGAAAAAGAAAUAGCUCAGUUUACUGAGAAGAAAACUAUCACUGAAUUGAUUCAGCCACAAGUGUCUAUCUCUACCCCUGUUGUUAGUUUGAAGACACAAGGACUGCAAAAAGUAAGUGCUGAUGCUAGUCAUCAGAGGCAGCAAUGAAAAAAUUCUUCUAUAACUCAAAUUUCAGUAAUCUUUUAGAAAAGACAGAAACAUGCUCCUAUUCUGUGAUAAGAAGACAAAGGUGUAUAAAUGAUCCUCAUGCUUGGAUUUACUUUUAGAGUAAUUGCUGUAUGUUCUAUGAGCAUUGUUUUAUUUUUCUUUUCUUUUUUUCCAUGAAAGAACCAAGAUUUUCAACUUGAAGUCCAGUGCUUUCAUGUCAGAGAUGAAGGAACUAUGAAUGUUGGAGAGCAGAGCAAGAGGGAGAGUGAGAAAGAGGAGUUAGAGAGAGAAAUUAAUCCAGGGAAUUUCAAGAAUAGUAUUUGAUUGCAGCACUCAGGUUUUGAAUGUAGGAUAUGUUAGUAGUUUUAUGAAGCGGUCUAACUACUCUUGUCCCAUAUUAGAUGUGUCUUCCUAGUACAAAUUAUUGAGAGAAGAGAUUGAUAAAAUUUGCUGUAAAAACACAAAGUGCAGAAUAUGACCCAAUAAAAAUUUCAUUUUCUACCCACUCACUUCUUUCUUUCACCACUCUCAUAAGAAGAACUUGAAUAAAUUGUGAAAAUUCAGAAAUAUUUUCAAAAGUAGUACCCAGAAUAACAUGUCCAACUGAUCUAUAUAAAAAAGGUGGAAUUAAAUACUCAUAAAUUAAAUUGACUCAAAUGUUUCUCCUCCAAAACCAGAAGUCAAUUAACUUACUAAUUUUCUUUCCUGGUAGCUUACAAAUUUACUGCAGAUAGCAUUUUGUUAAUUAAUAACUUCCUGCAGUUGAAAACAGAUUUCUUGGUUCUGAGUUUAUUUAUAACUGCUAGAUUCUACAGAAGUUUAGAAGCUAUAUUGGAGCACAUAUUUCCACAGAUAUCAUCAAGCUUUGAUAUUUUUGGGCUGUAUGCUAGAAGCCAAAUUUGGCCAAAAUUCAUUGCAUUUCAACUACUGUUACCAAAUUCCUUUUCCUGAUUCAUUUUUUUUCUGGAUUUACAUAUGAAAGUGGAAUUUUUGGUAACAGAAGUCAUUAUCUGCACUACUAUGAGUAACUCCUGUGGUUUAGUUUUAUUUCUUCAGAGUAUGUUAAGUAUAUAUGCUUGCUGUGUUUUUUCAGUUCCAUCUUUACAUAAUACUGAUGACAGAAAACACAAUAUUGAUAAUUUCUUAUGAGGAAGCAGUGAUUCAUGGUGUGCUCUUGAAGGUAUAGGAGUUCCUGUUUCUUAGUAAAAUGUUUGGCUAAUCUUUUGUAGCUGUAUCCUGCAAAACAAUAAUUUUUAAGCAUGAUCUGUAUACACACAGUGUGGUGGUUACUGUCAUUGUCAUCACGGGCUUUCUGUUACAGCUCUGCCUUGAUACGUGUUUGCCUUACAUAAGUGUGGUCAGCUUGCUUUAAUUUUAAAAUGUGCCAAAGAAGGUGUCCUUGCCAUAAAUAGUUCCAUUCAGACUAUGAAUAGUGUUGUGCAAAAGUAUUUGGUGAAUAUAUCCACUACAAGCUUCCUAAAGAGUUCUUUUCAAAUUGUAGUGUUUAUUAGUCCACUAAGUGUUAUUUAAUAUAACUAUUGACAUAUUUGAACCAUUUACUGAUUUUGCUGACAGGUUUUUGUUUAUAGGCUCUUAUGUACAAGCAGUGUUCUAAAUUUCAGAUAUGGUCUUUUAAAUCAAAAUUUACUGAGAUACCUUUGCAAUGCUGUACUGUUGCAGGAUAGUUCAUCUGAUAUUACUCAGUAUGGAAAGUACCUAUAUUUGAUGUUUGAGUGUGGUAUUCAGUUACAGUUGAAGAUCUACAAAAACUCCAGGUU